AUGAAUCAGCUAAAACUCCUUACCAGCAACAUGAGUUCGAUGCUGGCACCUAAUGCACUGAAGCGAAACACAUCGCAACUACCUGCUGUUAUCCAACACGCUAUCGAACUGACAGGCAACAUUGGAGAGCGGUAUCUGUGGGUUGGUAGGCUAUGUAUAGUCCAAGACGGGCCGCAGAAACAGUUUGAGUGUAUGCGCAUGGACGAGAUCUACUCCGGUGCUUAUGUGACAAUAGUCGCUGCUGCGGAGGGUGGACUGUUCAGGAACUAUGGCAAAAGUUCGAAGCGAUCCGUGAACAAAACCUCUCAUAAGUACUAG